UUUUUUCUUUUUCUUUUCUUUUCUUUUCUUUACUCAUUUUAUAAAAUGUCGAAUAAAAGGAAGCAAUCUUUAAACGAUGAACAGAUGAAAAAGGAUGAUAAUGACGAGCCAGUAACAACAGAGAAGGAAAAUAAACUAUUAUUAAAUGAUGAGCUUGUUUUGACAGAAAAUAAAAAAUCAUCUUUUUGGAAGGCAUAUCCUACACCUUCUUCUGUUAACAUGAUUGACCCUAAAAAUCCAGUAAAGGUGGAAGAGGAUGAAAAGAAAGAGAGACGAUCUAACGUUGUCUUGCCUUCAUUUCAUUCACAGUUUCAACCUGUCUAUCCUCCUUCUUCUUCUUUUUCAGUCCUCUUUUCAAAGAUCAUCGAGACCGUUCGUUGUCGUUCGCUAUUUUCAAAAGGAAAAGAAGAAAGGACUAGAGAUGAUUUACACAAUUUUAUUGAAACAAUAAAGAAAGAAAGUAUAAACAAAUCAAUUAAAAGAAAAAGGUUUCUUAUUGUAGGUGUUCAUGGAUGGUUCCCAAUGAAGUGUAGCUUGUUCGUAGUGUGAUUGGUGAGCCUACAGGAACAUCUAAGAAAUUUUGUGAACAAAUGACAUUAGCUUUAAAACGCUAUUUUUAUAAAAGAAUCCAAUCAUUUAAUUAAAGAAGCUGAC